UUGGACCCGUAAACGGCCCCUACAAAAUGUUUAUGAAAUGUACAAAAAUUAGUCCGCCUUCCAGCCAAGGCCAACACAGCUAGAACCAAAACCUGACAUCGGUUCUCCAAAUCGAAGCAAGCUUCGCAUCAAUCGCAAAGAUGAGCAGCCAAAUUCCAAAUCCAACUCAAAGUGAUGAUGCUGAAGAUCCACUGAUCAAAGCUGCAAUAGCGACUGAUAAUCUUUACAAAAUUAGGGACACAUUUUACCCACCAAACCCAGAUGAUAAAAUUUCUAAAUUGCAGCAAGAUUCUCAGAAGUGUAUCGACCUGCUCGAUUCUAUACAACUUGAGUUUAGGAAAUCUGCUAUUCAGCGUGCAAGUUAUGAACAUUUGAAAGGAAAAGUGUUGGAUGUUUUUCCGGACUACAAGAAAGAGGCUGAAGACCAUCUUUCAAAAGCUGUUAAGUUGAAUCCGUCUCUCACAGAUGCCUGGCUAUCUCUAGGGAACUGCUUUUGGAAGAAAGAAGAUUUAGUUUCAGCCAAGAACUGUUUUAAUCGUGCAUUAAGUAAGGGUGCAGACAAAAAUGUACUAUGUCAGCUUUCGAUGCUGGAAAGGAAAAUGGCUCAAGAGAGUGAAGACAAAGCAGAACUUGUUGACGAGAGUAUCCGGCAUGCUAAGGAAGCUAUAGCUUUGGAUGUGGCAGAUGGAAAUUCCUGGUAUAACCUUGGGAAUGCAUGCCUCACAAGCUUUUUUGCAUCGGGAGCCUGGGACCACUCAAAACUUUGUCAGUCGUUAAAAGCAUAUCAGAACGCCGUAAUGUGUUCUGUUGGCUGUGUUUUCACGAUUCAGGAGAAAGAUGAAAAGAUGAAGGGAAAUCCUGAUCUGUUUUUCAACUGUGCCACAGUGAACAAAUAUCUUGAGAACUAUGACAAGGCACUUAGUGGAUUUGAAGCAGCUUGUAAAAUUGAUCCUGCCCUAAAUGGUUCUGGAGAGAUCCAGAAAAUGGUCGGUCUGCUUGAUAAAUUGGAGAGCUUACUAAAGGUACAUAUCAAAGCUAAGCGUCUUGCUUCUGUUGUAUCCUCUGUAGUUGCUGUUGACUCAAAUCUGUCAUACAAAAAGUCCACUGUUGAUCUUCUGUUUGAAGGUCUGAACAAGUCUACAGCAGUUACUGGAAAAGUGCUUUUUGAUGUUAAGCACAAUAAUGUUGCACCACUGUAUUAUGUAGCAUGUGAUUCAAAUCAAAUGUGUUUUGUUCUUUCAGUGUAUGGGAUACAAGACAAUGUGAUUAGGGAGGGAGAUCAGAUAAUGUUGCUGGAACCUUGGUACAAGAAUGUUUGUUUUUCAUGGAAAGGAAAACAUUACUCGUUUAAAUCAAUUCGCGCUGAUUUCAAAGAACAAGUGAUGGUGAAUGGUAAAGCUCUAUCACCAAAUCAAGCUAUCAGUACAUCAUUCUACGCACAGCAUAAGCCUACUUAAACAGCGCCAAGUUUCUUGGGAUUUUGAGUAUAUAUCUGCAACUGCGACUACAUGUGGAUGCUUCUUAGUUCUCAUAGUGACUUGUAAUUUUGUACAUUGUGUAAACUAGCCAACUUCAUUUAGUAAAAUUAACAUAUAGGUGUACUUUAGCUUCCCUAUGGUUAUUGUUUACAUUAUCUGCUCAUAAUCUAAUGGGGCAUUUUUUUGCUAA